AUGGCGAUUUCCGGAUCCAUCUCUGACUCAACUCUAAAAAUCCAAGCUGGAGAUGAAUGGCAAGAGUUCCUUCUAUUCGCCAAUUCGCUACAUCCAGGUCUAUCGCACCCGUUGAGUUUCAAACUUGUAGAAGUGUCCAGUAUUGUUAAACACCUCUUCCAAGUUCACGCGAGGCUCAUCGCUUCCGGCAACUUUUGGGAUUCCUCUUCAGCCAUCAGAUUGUUGAAAUGUUCGUCGCGUUUCGGAGACGCUAGCUAUACCCUUUCGAUAUUCCGCAGCAUCGGCAAGUUCUACUUCGCAAAUCCUGUCUUCAAGGCGUAUUUGGACUCUUCUACUCCUCGGCAAGCGUUGGAAGAAUCUUCUGAUUGUGCUCCGCCGCGGAAGAUUCAGAGAGGAGAUGAUGAUUCCACUCGUGGGUUGUGUUCAUGA